CUUCAUCGGCCACCGUAGUAAAUGUAAACUACUGAACUAUACAUGCCUACGGUUCGCGUUCAUAUUAAUUUAUUUAUAAAUGUAUUGUGCGGAGCAUGGUUAACAUUCUGCUGUUUUGUCCGGAGAAUCCACACCCCGAUGUUUUUUUAUAUUUUUUGCAUAGUAGUUUUGUUAAUCAGCGAACGUUCUCGUGUGGGCGGUGCUGUUCCUGUCAUGCUUUUGUAACAUUUAAACGUCGUGUUACACAAGAACCUCUUGAUGGAAAGUAAAGCGCGUCUUUGAGAGAUGACUGCGCUGCGGAGGUCUGUGAGUGAGGCAUUAUGGGCAAUGUGUGCUGCCGACGCCAUGUCCAUGCCCGUCCACUGGUAUUACAACAUCCGUGACAUCAGAAGGGAUUUUGGAGGAUGGAUAUCUGCCUUUAAUUCUCCCAGAGUUAAACAUCCAAGCAGCAUCCUCAGCCUAUCCAAUACCGCUGGUAGCGGGCGCACUUCCUGGUCGUCUGCAGCCAACCGAGAGGAGGUGGUUGGUAACGUCAUCCUUCAUGACAAACUGCGUUUUUGGAAAGCGUCCAGUGGUUCCAUCCACUAUCACCAAGGUUUGAAGGCAGGCAACAACACGCUAAAUGUCCUGUGCGCCCUGAGAGCCGCUCACACGCUGGCCAGCGGUGAAUUUACCGACGUCUCGCAUCCGGACGCCCGAGCCGCCGUCCUAGCGGACUACGUUCACUUCUUGACCACACGCGGCACGCACGGCGACACCUACGCCGAGUCCUACCACCGAUCCUUCUUUUCUGAAUGGCAGGACAGCAGACCGACUUCCAACCAGGAGGUUCUAUUGUUUGCGGAGGAGCGCUCCAAGAAGAAGCUCAAAUCACCCCCGGACAGCCAGUUGGAUGCAAUCGGUUGCCUCCCCAUGAGCCUUCCCUUCGUACUGUUGUCGGCCUCGGCCAAUGAGGAGCAAGCUGUCCGUGCUGCAGCGGAUUUUGUGAAGCUCUCCCACCCCCACCCAUCCGUGCCCGAGUACGUAUCUAUCUACAGCGGAGCACUUCACGCCGUGCUGGGGGGUGCCGGUGUCCGCCAACAGGCCGAGCUCGCCCUCAGGACGCUGGGGGUGUGGGACGCCUGCGAGAAGUUCAGUCGGCAAGCUGCUAGAUUUCCAGAAGCAUCCGAAGAACGACUGCAGGUCCAUCAAAGUGCCGUCAGUAGCCUUGGCCUGGCGUGCUACACAAAAGGAGCUCUUUCCAGCAUGUUUUACCUUGCCCACCAGUUUCAUGAUGACCCUGCAGCAGGAAUCUUGGCCAAUACUAACUGUGGAGGAGAGAACUGCAACCGAGGAGCUGCACUGGGGGCCCUGCUCGGAGCGGGAGGAGCCUACACCAACUCCACCAUCCCGCAGGACUGGAAGGACCAGUUAAGGGAUGCUCAGGAUUAUAUCCCAGACAUCCUUAAAUGUCUGAAGUACUGAAAAAAAACAAAAAAAAAACACGACAGGAGUUUGCCCAUUCUCUUUUGGUUUACAAAUGCAAGGAUCAGAUUGGAUUCUUUUACUGAUUCCGUGUGAAACCACUUCAAGUAUACAUUUUCAUUGUAGUCAUGAGUGAAUCAAAAAGGUCAAUAAUAAAUGAAAAAUCAA